CUGUGAACAAUUGAAAAUCGCCUCGCCUCGCUUUAUUUAGCGAGAGGCGAGAUAUCUUUUCGCUGAUAAUUUUAAUUCCUCCUUUUCACGAUAAUUUUAAUUCUUUGUUUUUCAACGAUACAUGAUUGCUGUAAUUACAGCUGUUUUGCUAAAAAUUCCGGUUAAAUAUCCGGUUUCUAGGAUACAAUAAUACCGCACAAAACAGACGUGCGAUGCAAAUUGUAAAUUAUUCUUAGAAAAUUCAAAAUUAAAACAGCGUGAUUAGUGACAUCUCGCGUGCCGCGCGUAGGCAUACUGCAGCGUUCUCUGUCGGUCUACCGGUGGAAGCGUUUCGCGUCCAGCGACUCCGCGGAUCGGACGGAUCGGUGUCCAACAAUCUUUUAGGUUAUAUUUAUCUGUGUGAGAUAGAAUGCGUUAAAACAACACUUCGAGGCGAAUAUUUCCAACGAAAACGAAAACGCUCGCGCCAUUCCUAGUGCUGUCUUAAAAAUGCAAAAAGAAAAAUAACGAGUUUUAACGAGAAUGAAGACAGCGAUACAAUUUUCGUAGAAAUUUAGUGUUUUCGUGAUGCUACAUUUUGGGAAAUUCUGAGAAUCUCACGCUUCCUUUUGGUAUUGCUACUGCACAACAAAGUCUGCUAGCAGCCCAAAGCGAAAUUUAUUGUAAAGGAGGAUUAACCAUGUCGGGACUAUUCGAGCAGAUUAAGCUGCUCUACGAUCAGGCGCUGUACUGCAACGUGAUCUCCCUGACGAACCUGGUGCUCUCUCUCAGCGAGCACAAUGCCGACCUGCUGCCUGGCUACAGCAAGUUUCACGUGUACGUUUAUUACGCGGACGCUCACUUUCAUCUGGGCAAGUAUCGCAGGGCGGAGACUCUCUACAAGAAGGCUCUGCAGUUUCGCAAGUGUCUGCUGAAGUCGAAAGGCACGGGGAAACCCUUGUUGGACGGACAGAAGGAUCUGCCGUCGGAUGUCAACAUCAAGUAUCAGAUCCACUUGUGCCUAGUGAAGUCCAAGAAUCUGCAAGAAGCUUUGCAAGUGCUGCAGAGCAUCCCCGGCAAGCAGCGCACCGCCAAGGUAAACAUGGCGCUGGCCAAGAUGUUCCACGAGCAGGGAAUGGAGCGGUCCGCCAUCACCACGUACAAGGAGGUGUUGAAAGAAUGCCCGCUGGCCUUGGAAGCAGCCGAGGGCCUUCUCUCCUUGGGGGUGAAGGGUGUGGAAGUCAACUCCCUGAUCGUCGGCUCCAUCUCUAACUCGAUGAAUUUGGAGUGGCUCAACACGUGGAUCAAGGCUCACGCUCACAUUCAUAAUAGGGAGUACACUCACGCUGUGACCACUCUGAGGUCGUUAGACAAUGUUGUUUUGCUCAGGGAUAAUUUCAAUCUGUUGACUAUCAUGGGCGAGUGUUACUACUAUGCCGGCGAUGACAAGAAUGCCCUGCUAUGCCUAAGGCGAGCUCGCGUUAUCGAACCGGAUAUAACAAAAGGGGUGGACAUGUAUGCCGCAGUUCUAUACAAGAUGCAUCACAUCAAAGAAUUGGAACGUCUGAUACCGGCGAUAACCGCUAACAACGAAUGUACCGGCGAAAUUUACGUGGCCAUGGCGUAUUCCCUGUUUGCCGCUAGAAAAUUCAGCAGGGCAAACACGCUCACUGCUCAGGCAUUGAAUCUGAAUCCCAAUGACAUAGAGGCCACCAUAUUACGGGGCAAUCUCCUUAUCGAGCAAAAGAAGUAUCAGGACGCGUUGUUCUUUUUUAGACACGCCGUGCAAUUGAAACCGUAUAGAUACGAGCCGCAUAAAGGGUUAGUGGAUUGUCUUGUCGGGAUGCACAGAUUGCGAGAGGCUCUGAAUAUCGCCAGUAGCUCUUGCAAACAACUUGGACAUACAACAAGAGUUCUAACAUUAUACGCAUCCGUCUUGAUGAAAGAUCCCGUGUCAGUAAGCAAGGCAAAGAACCUUCUUGAAAAAGCGUUGUCUCAAGAUGAGGUCUAUCUAACCGCAGUGUAUCUACUCGCGGAAAUAUACGAACAGGAAAUGAAUUUAGAAGCGGCCAUUGAACUACUCGAGAGGCAGGUGGAGAUUCACUCUACCUGCAAGCUCCAUCAGACGUUGGGAGACUUAUGGGCAAGAGUGCACAACGAGGAGAAGGCUCUAGAUCAUUAUGCCAUAGCCUUGAACUUAGAUCCAAACAACAGGAGGGCUAUAGAGGGAAUGCACAGAUUAGACAAUUCUUCUAGUAAAUUAGAUUCCGCUUAUUAUAUGACCGUUGGUGAGGAACAGGCCGAUACGACCUACGAUGUCGGUGACGGUCUACCGGAUACAGAUAACGAUGAGGCACCCGAGGAGAGCGAGACUGAAGCCAUUUGGUCGGAUAUGGACUUGGAAGCCAAUAGCCAGUAAUUCUGGCCAUAGAAACGAAUAGACCGUGGAGAUUGCUCGAAGUUUUGACUUCUAAACUAAGUCCAUUGCAGCCGACUUCUUGAAAAAGAAUCUUGGGAGGAAUAAUUCGUACGAAUGAAAUGAGACUGAGAUUGUUCGUGAUUAAUAUUAUUUGUGAGUAAUACAUCGUAGUAGAAUUUAAUUUUUUUUAUAAUAAAUUCAGUGAUUGUACCGUCAUGGAGCUCUGUUGCCUACUUUAAAAAAUAUAAAGCAAAUGUUAAAUUUUUAUUAAUUUCUAUUACGAAAAUAUUUUUAUAAAAUGGAGAACUCUAAUAUCAGGAGGAUUUAAGGCAAAACAACAUGUGUAUCUGUCGUGUAUUGUAUGGAAUAUACGGCGGACUUACAACUUAAAUUUAGAAAAACGAAGCGCAAACUAUUCGAUAAUAAAAUAUAUAUAAAUCGUA